AUGAAGGGUAAAGAAGUGAGAAUCAUAACUUUGCUUGUAUUGGACGUUUUGUUCUUCCUUGUUGAAGCAAUUAUUGGCUACUCUGUCCAUUCGCUAGCAUUAAUUGCGGAUUCAUUUCAUAUGUUAAAUGAUAUUAUAUCGUUGAUUAUUGCUCUUUUAGCAGUCAGAGUCAAGAACAGUAAACCAGCUGAUGGUAAAUAUACAUAUGGAUGGCAGAGAGCUGAAAUUUUGGGUGCUUUGAUGAACGCGGUUUUCUUGCUUGCAUUAUGCUUCACAAUUUUGAUUGAAGCUAUUCAACGAUUUUUUGAAGUUCAAGAAAUCUCCCAGCCCAAGUUGAUCUUAGUUGUUGGAUGUGCCGGCUUAGUCAGUAAUUUUAUUGGCUUAGCUUUGUUCCAUGAACAUGGACAUUCGCACUCUCACGGUGGUGGAAAUACAGACUUGGAGCAGGAUGGUGAACAUGGACAUAGUCACGGUUCAAACGGACAUCUGAUUCCUCAUUCCGAGUCUAACACAGAUGUAUCCACUUACAUGCCAGAUAAUGUUGUUCGCCGGUACAGUGAGAGUAGCCCUUUGAUACGCCAGAAUAAGGAGACGAAAAAGAAGCGUUCAUUGAAUCUUGAAGGUGUUUUCUUGCAUGUUUUAGGGGAUGCCUUGGGGAAUGUUGGAGUCAUUAUCACUGCACUUUUUAUAUGGAAAACUAAUUAUUCUUGGAGGUAUUACACGGAUCCUUUUAUAUCUUUGGUCAUUACAACAAUUAUUUUCUCCUCAGCUUUGCCGUUGUGCAGAAAAUCCUCAAAGAUUUUAUUACAGGCUACGCCACCUAGCGUGAACUCUAACGAAGUCGUUAAAGAAAUAUUGAAACUACCAACUGUGAAAUCUGUCCAUGACUUUCAUGUUUGGAAUUUGAACGAAGAUAUCCUUAUAGCUUCGUUACACUUAGAGCUUCAAGAAAAGGCUGGUGGUAACUCAGAUGAUCAGCUGAUUGACAAAAAAGCUUUCGUGGAAGCCGUUUCUCAAGUGAGGGAAAUAUUGCAUGAUUUUGACAUUCAUAGUGCAACAAUCCAGCCUGAGUUUAGCAGUAAUGUUAGAGGCGUGUUACAAAAGAAAGGAAGCGCUUAUGGACUGACAACUAAAUUCAAUUGCCUUUACGAUGGUGUCUCAAAUUGUGAUAAUGUUCAAUGUCUGAAAUAA